GCCGGGUUGGCUCUCGUGGUGAACCGUGGCCUCGCAGGGACCACAGCUGCUGAUUGGGCUUCCAAUCUGGACUGUGCCUCUGCCCCACAAUCCUUUUGCUGCCAGCAUGCCGGUGAGGCAAGCUGCAGCGUGUCUCAGGCUGUCGGGCUUCUCCCGUCUGAAGGAUCCCGAGUGGCUUGGGUUAGCCUCGGCGGCAACGACUACAUCCUAUCGCAUUGUAGCACAGACAGUGCAUCUUUGGAUAAGCUGCAGCAGGACAUUGAAAAGGUCAUCCGUGAUCUUCAAUGGCUCGCUCCUAAGCUACGCGUCGUCGUCACCGGCUAUGCUGCACCCAGCGGGCCUCUGUAUUGGACCACUGGAUGCGAUUCGCCAGAGGCCCUCCAUCCCUUGAAUGAGGUCGUGCCGGCUCUAAGCCAUUAUCAUUAA